AUGGCGUGUCGGGCGAUGGGCCAACAGUGCCCAACCCGCACGGUGGUGCAUGGGAGCACGCGGCUGCCUGGCCGAACAUCCCAGCUGCUGCAGCCGCGGCGGGCAGUGGCGCAGGGGGGGGGGGGGAGUGGGAGUCGUAGUGGUGUUGACAUGCGCGCGUUCAUGAGUCCAAGGGUGUCGCAGGACGAGUUACGCAGUGCUCUCGUGGAGUUGUUUGCUGAUGCGGAUCUUCCGUUUCGUCUUGUCGACCGAGCUUCGUUCCGUCGAUUUGUCGCCUUGCUGAAUCCAUCGGCCAAGGAUUUGCUGGGGUCACGUUACCGUUUGGCACGGGACAUGCAAGCAUUCAGUGAGGUGGCUCGAGAGGAGCUGAGGCAGGAGAUCUUUGGCGACGGUCUCGCGGGGAGGGUGUCCCUUAGCUUGGACAUCUGGACCAGUGAGAACCAUACAGCUUUCAUGUGUGUGACCGUCCACUGGAUCACUAGUGACUUCAGGCUACGUUCGGGGAUUUUGGAUUUCGUGCAGUUGGAGGGUUCGCACACAGGGUCUCUCAUAGCACAGACCCUCGAGCGCAUCUUGACCGAGGCUGGCCUGCAGGAUGUAGUGUUUGCUGUGACGACGGACAAUGUGGAGAACAACAACAAGGCGAUGCGCCUUCUGUCGGGGGACCCAGCAGAGGGGCCAGGGGCCUGGACAGCUAAUCCACUGCUCGACAUUGCGCGUCACGUUCGCUGUCUUGCACAUGUCAUGAACAUUGCAGUGCAGGAGGCAUUGAAGUUGGACGAUGUGAAGGAGGCGUUGAAACGCCUACGGGAUGCGUGUUCGUACAUUGGAUGGUCGGUCCAGCGGUCAGAGGCUUUUGCCAGUCUGCAGCGCAGGUUGGCAGGCAGAGACAACGCGAAGGUGCUACGUCUGAUCUGCGACUCGCCUACACGUUGGGGCUCCACUUACGAGAUGAUCUGCCGUGCCUUGGAGCUGCAGCAGGCACUGACGGUGUUUUCCAGCCGGACUGACGUGAGUGAUAGGCUCCGGCUACGCGAGCAGCUCGACAAAAUACGUCUCAGUGACGUCCACUGGGACGCGCUUGUCGAGCUGAAGAACUUUCUUCAGCCCUUCCACUCGAUCACCAAGGUAGCUGAGGCUUCCUUGUACCCGACAGCUGCAGCAGUGGUGCCGCUGUACAACCAACUGCUGGACAACAUGGAAAUCACCUACCGCGAGCCAGCCGUCUCACCCCUCACACAGGCCCUCAUCACCAAAGCCCUCGGCAAGCUGAAGAAGUUACCCUGGGAGGCGCUCAAUGCAGCGCAAGUGACAGAAGUGGGGGGAUGUGCUAGGAGUGUGCAGGGCGUGGAUGAGCCGACGGUGAUGCGCCUGGUGCGCGAUCGUUUGGUCGCAUAUCAGGAGAGGGUGCGCAGUCGGGGAGGUGGUGGUGAGGUUACGAGUGGCAUGGGGGAGGUCACUGACGGCGCUGGUGUUAGUGUUCAGGCCGCAGGGACCGCCCUCAUGGCUAUCAAGUCAUGGAUGGCGCAGAACACGAGCGGCAGGUCAUUGAACGUGGCAGGGGCUGCGCGUUUGCUUGUGGAGUUGUGCUAUGAGGCCGUGGACGAUGGGUUUUGA